CAUGUUGCUAAGGGCCAGCUCCAGUCGGUUUCUGGAGCAUCAUCAUCUUCUCUUUGUGGAGACCGCAGAGCAGCAGCAUCUGGCUCGGAAAUCGCUCCCGAAUCCAUUCAUGACUGAGGAACCCUCCGUCCCAGCUAAGCCAGACCCACCAUCCUCCAACCUCACCAACACCACGGACUGCGGCGAGGAGAUCCUGCUCUAUGGGGACACCGAGAAGAUUGUUAUCGGAGCCGUGCUCUCCGUCAUCAUCCUCAUGACUAUCGCCGGGAAUGGUCUGGUCAUCAUCUCCGUUUGCAUCGUCAAGAAGCUCCGGCAACCUUCCAACUACCUGGUGGUGUCCCUCGCAGCCGCCGACUUGUCAGUGGCCUUCGCUGUCAUGCCCUUCGUGACCAUCACAGACCUGGUGGGGGGAGAGUGGCUCUUUGGGAAGGUUUUUUGCAACGUGUUUAUCGCCAUGGACGUUAUGUGCUGCACCGCCUCCAUCAUGACCUUGUGCAUCAUCAGCGUGGACAGGUAUCUGGGGAUCACUCGGCCGCUGACGUACCCCGUGAGACAAAAUGGGAAGCUGAUGGCCAAGAUGGUCUUCAUCGUUUGGCUCCUAUCUGCCUCCAUCACCCUUCCUCCUCUUUUUGGCUGGGCCAAGAAUGUCACAGUGGAAAGAGUCUGUCUCAUCAGCCAGGACUUUGGCUACACCGUCUACUCCACAGGGGUGGCCUUCUACAUCCCCAUGGCGGUCAUGCUCGUCAUGUACAGCCGGAUCUACAAAGCCGCCAAGGUCAGCGCCGAGAAGCACCGCUUCAUGAACUUCCCCAAGCACUAUGAAGAGGAAGGAGUCUACUGCCUGGAAGCCUCCAGCCGGGGCCAGCACAGCUCGAAGCGGACCAAAGCGGCGGAGGAAUGCGCCACGCUCUCCAAACUGCUCCGGCAAGACCGAAAGAAUAUUUCCAUCUUCAAACGGGAGCAGAAAGCAGCCAGGACCCUCGGCAUUAUUGUCGGGGCCUUCACAUUUUGCUGGCUCCCGUUCUUCCUGAUGUCAACGGCUCCGCCUUUCAUCUGCGGCAUCCGCUGCAGCUGUAUGCCCCUGCGGCUGGAGAGGACCCUGCUCUGGCUGGGAUACACCAACUCCCUCAUCAACCCCUUGAUUUACGCUUUCUUUAACCGAGACUUGAGGACUACUUUCUGGAACCUCCUGAGGUGCAGGUACAGGAACAUCAACAGGAGGCUCUCGGCCGCCAGCAUGCAUGAAGCCCUGAAGGCCACGGAGAGGCACGAAGGCAUCCUGUAGAGCCACGUCCUCUCGCCCAGUGCCUGA